GCCCCGGCGUGCUCCCGGCGCAGAUUGCGGCCAGCGGUUCGCCGACGCGCUCUGGCUUCGCGAUGGCGGACCCCGAGCUGCAGCUGGUGGCGCGGCGCAUCCGCAGCUUCCCGGACUUCCCCGUCCCGGGGGUGCUGUUCAGGGACAUCUCGCCGCUCCUGAAGGACCCCGACUCCUUCCGCGCCUCCAUCCACCUGCUGGCUAGCCACCUGAGGAAGACCCACGGCGGCAAGAUCGACUACAUCGUGGGCCUGGACUCCCGAGGCUUCCUGUUUGGCCCCUCCCUGGCCCAGGAACUCGGCUUAGGCUGUGUGCUCAUCCGAAAGCAAGGGAAGCUGCCUGGCCCCACCGUGUCUGCCUCAUACACACUGGAAUACGGCAAGGCUCAGCUGGAAAUCCAGAGAGAUGCCCUGGAGCCAGGGGAGAAGGUGGUUGUUGUGGAUGAUCUGUUGGCCACUGGAGGAACCAUGCGUGCAGCCUGUGAGCUGCUGGGCCAACUGCAGGCCAAGGUACUGGAGUGCGUGAGCCUGGUGGAGCUGACAUCACUGAAGGGCAGGGAGAAGCUGGACCCUGUCCCCUUUUUCUCUCUCCUGCAGUAUGAGUGAUGGGCCCCAGCCUGGCAGAUGGGAGUUCCAACUUGGUGGCUGGCUGCUGGGGGGCACCGGCCAUCUGCCUGCACUUUUGUAACGGUUUUGUACAGUUGCCUUGUUCCAGUGCCUGGGCCACCUUCAGGGCCCUUCUGGCAGUUCUGGAAGUGCCCAGGCCCCUGCAGCUCCACGUACAAACACAGAGAGGAUGAAUAAACUAUUUUGCUACA